UCCCAAUUUCAUUCUAUGCCAUCCGUACACAUUCGUUUGCAGCCAGUGAAACUAAAUCAAGAUGAAAAUCUUCGCAGCUUUCUUCAUCGCCCUUUUGGCUGUUCAUGCCAGUACUCAAUCACCUGUAAACGCUGAUGGCAGCAACACUAAAGAAAUAGUAGUUGAAAUCCUCAACGCAGUACUCAAAGUGUCCGCUGACCUUCUGGAGGCUGCGAAUUCCAACUUGGAUGACCUGAAGGAAAACGAAGAAGUAAUUGCCAAUAAAUUGGCAUCUCUGAUUGCGAAGGAACUUCAAGACCUCAACGAAAUCUUUGUAUCACUUGUGGAUGAAUUGGAAGACGGUGCCACCGAUGACGGAAAACACGUUCUUGGUUGCAUUGAUGCCGAGAAAUCAAAAGUAGACGCUGCUCUAGAAAAAACAAUUAAACAAAUCGCCGAAAACGCUCUUACAGAGGUUCCACUGAUUACUGACUUGUUGGAUGUUAUUUUGCGUCAAGCGGGUGAACUCCAGGAAGACGUUAAAUUGCAAACCGACAGUUUGGAUACCUGUGAUUCCGAAGAUUCCGAAUGCUUUUCGACUUUCGCUGCCACUGCACUUAAAAUUGUCCAAGAAAUCGCCAGUAACAUUCAAGAAGACUAUGACAUGCUGGUUACCGUCACCCAGUCAAUUAUCAGCGACGUCGAAGCUUGGGAUAUUCGUGGACUUAUUCGUGAGGACACGCAAGCCAUCUUCAAUGAGGUUGUUGAGUGCAUUUACAGCAAAUAAGUGUUCGUUUUUACAAUAGCAUUGUAAGAGUAGUACGCUAAAAGUUGAUAUCAUACCAAGCAGCUGUUGAAUAGAGAUUAAAUGGACGUUAACAAUAAA